UCCUGCUUUUUUUUAUUCUCGGAACACCAUCUGGUUCCUUUUGUGCUAUGGCUUCAAUUAUUCUCGAUCAAAUCAAAGCCAGUCCCGGUCGCAUGGCUGGACGAGGAGCGGUGGCCAGUUUGGCAGUGUUAGCUUGCAUCUACUAUGAUCGGGCCGUUUUUGAUUCCAAACGUGCCGAUAUCAAAACUCAAGCUGGGUGGCCGCUGGUCGGUAACUUGCCUUUGUUGUUACAGUGGCUCAGUUAUAUACAUGAAUUUCUUCAAGAAGGAUUCACUCGCCUUGAUGGUUUGACACUGACAAUGUCAGCUUUGGGAAUUCCUCGCCAUGUUGGAACCAUUGAUCCUCGGAAUGUGGAGCAUAUCCUUAAAACCAAUUUUGAAAAUUAUAUCAAGGGCCCAGAGUUCACUCACGGCAUGAAUGAUCUCUUUGGCAAUGGUAUCUUCAAUGCCAACGGGGAAGAAUGGAAAUACCAGCGCAAAACAGCCAGCCAUAUCUUUAACGUCAAAAACUUUCGAGAUCAAUUCACAGAUGUGUUUGUUCAAGAGAUCGAUUUCAUGACAAAACAUAUUUGGGAUAAAGCCGCCGACGAACAUCGAAUCGUAGACUUUCAUGACGUUAUGUUCAAAUUCACGUUGGAUUCUUUUGUCAUGCUCGGAUUUGGUGUCCAGCUGAACGCGCUCGCUUCAGAAGAUAAAGUACCUUUUGCAGCGGCAUUUGAUGAGGCCCAAAAGAAUACAUUUUUGCGCUUUGUCAAUCCUAUUUGGCCAGUGACCGAAGGCAUUUUACGCGCGAUCAUGCCUUGGCGCAGCAGCAUGAAAGACCACCUUCACACAGUCGACAGUUUCGCUCGACAAGUCAUUGAACAACGCCGUGUUCAAUUAGCCAACGGCGAAGUCAAGAAGGACCUCUUGUCGCGAUUCAUGAAUGCUCGCAAUGCAAACGGCGAAGAACUUUCCACCGAUGAACUUCGUGAUAUUGUUCUGAAUUUUAUUAUCGCCGGUCGUGAUACUACCGCUCAAGCACUGUCAUGGACCUUUUACAUGCUUGUGACCCAUCCCCGCGUGGAAAAGAAAUUGUUGCAGGAAAUUGAAGACAAUAUCACCGAUGAAUUGAUGUAUGAUUCACCCGCACUCUAUGAAGUGAUCAAGAAUAUGACCUAUGCUCAUGCUGUGUUUUACGAAGUGCUUCGUCAUUAUCCAUCUGUUCCUUUAAAUCAAAAGUAUGCUCUGAAUGACGACAUUUGGCCUGAUGGGACCCAUAUCCGAAAAGGCGAUUACGUCUUGUGGUGCCCGUUUGUCCAAGGACGAUCCGAAAAAGUGUGGGGUCCUGAUGCCAAGUAUUUCAGACCUGAACGUUGGAUUACUGCCGAGGGCGAGCUUCGUCGUGAAUCGCAGGGACAAUGGCCCGCUUUCCAUGCUGGCCCGCGUGUAUGCCUAGGUCAGCAUCUGGCCACGCUUGAAGCACUGGUGGCUAUCAUCUUUCUCGUCAAACGAUACCGGUUCUCUAUUGUCCCGGGUCAAGAAAUCACCUACCAAGUAUCCCUAACGCUUCCCAUGAAGUAUGGUUUCAAGGUCACGGUCGAGAAGCGCGAACAAUGAAAAACUUUUCAAUACCGCUUGACACAUAUAUAUUCUUAAAUUCCUGUAAACUCCAUCACUCUGUAUUCGCUGAUUAUAUCACUAUGGCUAUUCCCCUCCAAAAACAAUGCAGUUUAACUUUGCAUUCGAGAAACAGG